CUCUGUCUCUUCUCCACAUCCUCAUCCUCGCCGUUUACCGUUGACAACUGCUGCAGUUGAAGCUACCAUCCACACUGUCGUUAAAGAUUCGCGACCGAUAUUCGACUUGCGACCGACAAACGCACGCCAAUCGAUAAGCUGCAUAUCGAAGCGGGGUUUCCACAUUCCACGCCUCAUCGACCCGACAUUCUACAUCCACAUUCCACAGCGAACAACGCCAUUGUCCAUCGCCCAAGAGGGCCACCCUCGACACAAUGCGCUUCCACCAAGCGCUCCUCACAGCCGUCAUCCUCACACCGCAUCUCAUCACCGCAACACCGAACCCUCAUCCGAAUGAAGAAGCCGGCUUCAGCUUCAACGAACUCUUUGCUCGCUACGAGUGCGCUGGAACGCAAUGUGGAUACUACAACCAGUUAUGCUGCACCUGGGGCAGCUCAUGCGUCACCGACUCUGCUCAACGAGCCCAAUGUACAUCUGAUGGAGGAGGAGGUGCGCAAGUCACACAAGCUGCGGGAGGAACAGGAGGAUACUGGCAGACAUACACCACAACUUGGGUCGAGACGGAUUACGUGACCAAGACCGCCGUUAUGAGCACAUACAUCGGUGGAGCGCAACCCACAGCCGCGACGUGCAACUAUGCUCUCAACGAGGUGCCGUGUGGAUCGACCUGUUGCGGAAGCGGCCAGUACUGUAUGACGGACCAGAUGAUCUGUGCAGCUGCCGCAGGAGGUGGAAGUUCUGGAUACUACAGCAGUCAAGGCGCCACGGCCGGCGCAGGAAUCCGUCCCACUUCAUCCGCCGGCAUCACCGUUACCAAAACCCAGGGCCCCACCGCGACCCUUGCGUUCAUGACACCCGUUGCAACGGGCGCCAACAUUACCCUCACCGAAGAUAAUAUGGGCGGCGGCGGAGGGCUUUCCGGAGGAGCAAUCGCUGGUAUCGUCAUUGGCGUGUUGCUUGGUCUUGCGCUCCUCGGACUGCUCUGCUUCUGCUGCUGCGUCAAGGGUCUUCUGGAUGGGCUUCUCGCAUGCAUUGGUAUGGGCGGUAAGCGCAAGCGGAAGACAGUCGAAGUCGAUGAAUACACCCGACACUCCCGUCACUCCGGAGGUGGCAAUGGCAGGACGUGGUAUGGCGCUGCACGGCCCGCGACCCGUGUGAGUCGAAGAGAUGACCACUCCUCCAAGGGCAAGAACGCGCUCGGCAUCGGCGCGGGCCUGGCAGCGUUGUGGGCGAUCCUGGGCCUGAAGAGGAAGCGGGACAACAGACGUCAUGAUGAGAAGAGCGAGUAUUCGUACUCUAGUGACUAUUACACCAGUGCCAGCAGCGCAAGCUCAGAUGACAGGCGGACAAGAGAUACCCGACGCUCAAUGUCCCGACGAUGAUGAAGAAGAGGUGGCCUUUUGGUUGAAACGCGAAGAACGAAUGCAUGUUUCCAUGGUCCAUGAAUGAGGCCUCUAUUCCCAGCGGGCCGGGCGGGUUCAGAAGCAACCCAAGAUUGAUGCAUUUGGCUUGUACAUACUCAUACGCCAAACAAACUGAAUGUUCUGC